UUUCCAAAAUGGCGGCGAAGAGUGGAGGUGCUGUCGAUUGGGCAUCAAUAAUAAAGCCGAUUUUGUCUGCAUCUUAUGGCUCUUUUAACAAAAAUGAGAUUCUCGAUCUUGUUAAAGCUAUAAUAAAAAGUGAAUCUGAAUUUUCGUCACACGAGGAAGAAUACGAAGCAUUUUAUACAUCAUUUGCAGCACUUGCUGCUGAUUACAUCAGUAGCUCUGCUAGUACGCUAUCGAAGAGUCAAAUUUCAACUGUCUGCCAAGCAUGCAGAAUUCUGCUUACUUACCUGGUGGGCAAAUUGCCACAGCACCAAACACAACCUGGAGAUGGUUCUUCAACGAUCUUGACUACGAAGCAAUUACUCCUUCCAGUCCGUGCAUUAUGCACCGGACAAUCCCUGUUGGCAAAAACCGAAGAAGUAGUAUUGCUAGCAAUUCUGAAAAAUACAAAACUGCCAUCAAACAUAAUAACUUCACCAAAUGGAAGCAACAAAGAACCUUCCCCACAAGCUGUAAAAGAAUCUAAACGUGUUCGCAAUGAUUUGUCUAGCAGCAUUUUGGAGCAGUUAACAACACCACUACAAGACUUUACACCAAUCAUGUCGAAUCCUAAUGACAACACAAGUGAUGGAGGCAAUAAACUAGCACCUGAUACAUCAGGAAAUGAUGUGGGCAGUGACACUAAAAUGAUGUUUCUGGCCAAUAAUAUAAGCACUUUACAAAGCAUGGGUGCUGGGGAUACUUUACUUGACAUGUGUUCUAAUUUACCACACCUGUCGAGAUACACGCGCAAGUAUCAAGCGUACUUAAACAAAAAGACGUUUAGUCUUCCUGCAAAUCAUUCAGACGCCCAUGUUAUACGACACAGUCUACACUCGAUUGUGAACGAUAUAAAUAUCGUACACAGUGUAGUAUCCUUGCCAGUCCUUGAGCCAUUGACACCUGCCAAGCUCGAAAAAUUAUCAUUGCUUACAAUGUCAUGUCUUUACUGUUCGAUUGCCAAUGCAACUGCAUCAAGCAUUGUAGGAAUCACAAAUGCUGUCUCACCAAAGUGCAGUACAAACACAUCGUCCAAUACUCAGAAUGUCCAGAGUGGGAAGAAUGCUGAAGAGGAAUACGACACCUUAGCAAUUACUGUAGUAGAAAAGAGUCUUGAAAUAUUUGGGCUUGUAUCUAAUGUUAUAAAGUACAGUACACGUGCUGGUGGUCAUCAAUUACAAAAUCAUUUGUUGAUUGGUGUUUGGCUACUGGUGGCUGGACUACAAGCACAGCUUUCAGUAAGCAGUUUCAGUGCAGCUGAUAAAGGUAAAGAAGAUAAAGGAAAAUCACCAAGUAAAGCGCGUGAUGGGACUGGUCGCAUUAAUUUGAUGAAAGUACAACAAGGUUUUGGAGUGCUAUCAGUGGCUUUGGCUUCACACGCCCUAACUUUGAUGAGUGCAUUAUUGGAGGAUGUGUCAGUAGAAGCUGGAACGGAACAAUCAACUACUCCUGAACCUGCACCUUUAGACAUGUUGGCAACUGCUACUGCACUGCAGAGAGCAGCUACUUUUCUUCAGGCCGUGCCAUUAAAUCAUCUACUUUUCUAUCUAGCGACUAUCAGUUAUCGAAAGGCAUGUGCUCUGAUGAGAGUUCAAAAGCAUCCUUUGGAAGGUGAUACUUUAAGUCAGUCUGAUUCUACGACAUACUACGAAGAUCUUCUGAGUUGCUCAGAAAGCACUACAGACGAAGAACAAACUGUUCUGUCGGUAGAGGAGGACAGCGAGCCCAUCCUUGGUCUGUGGUUUGAAGAGACUCUGGCACCAUCGGACGGUUCGCCUACAAAUACUACAAAGGAAAGUAGCAACGAGGCCAGUGCCGAACGUACCACAACAACCAUAGUUCCUGACAACAGAGAACCUGAUGGUUAUAUAUCGUUGGCCACUCAGAUCUUUCAGUUUAUGAAUCAACACCUGAUAGGUAGCAGAAGUAUAUACGUACGUGAAUACGUAGUAAAUGGGCUGGUAGAACAGCAAAUGGUCAUUCUAGCGGCUAUUAUAAGGGAUCUGGACUACGAAGCUGCUGGCACAGAAACAGGUACUAUCUCUGUAUAUUAUGGUGCAACCUUGGGCAAGAUGUAUUCUGAAUUCUCACAAGCACUGAAUCGGUAUACGCAUAAUCUAUUGGCUCGUAAUAUCCUAAGCGAGACACUUCAAAACACUUUAUUACAUCAUUUGGGAGUCAGCCCAUGGUCUACAGAAAAUACAAGUACCUCAUGGCCACUACAAGUCUAUCCAAGAACACUUGGAGUACUUGCUCAGAUUUUACUACUGAAGCCCCAAUCAGAAAAAGAAGCUGCGUGUUUAUGCAUUUGGCAUCGACUUGUUACAACGAUGGUGGAAAAUGUGUGCAAUCCACCAACAAGUUUUGAGACUGAGAAUGAAGAUUUAAACGUGGAACACGCACAAUUGGUUUUGAUUUUAUUUCAUUCGCUCAAUUUAAUGCAGAAAAAGUCAGUCUUACUGGUCACUAGCAGUGGUGCAGUGCGAUGUAGCGAGGCUGUUAAAACGCCAAUGAAGGAUUCGCAGCUACUUCAUCUAUCGAGACUUCUGCUUUUACUCGAAUACAUGAUGAAGCAUCUUUACGACGCACCACCUACGUUACUCGUACAGGUUCGAUGGAAUUUAUUGUCCGCGACUAGUUUAGUCACGGAUACUAAAGAAGGAGAUGAUCAAGCUUCUAGAAUUUACACGCCUUGGAAAGAAAUUGAGGAUAACUAUCGUAAGUUCAGUGUUCAGGAUGAAUUCUCAAUGAAGCCUAGGUUCUACAACUUAACUCCUUCCGACUUUAACAAUCAAGACACACCGAAGUUGGAUGGACUCGCAUGCAACUUCAUCUUGGGUACUCCAGAUAAACUGAAAUAUCCUCUCCUCGUGGAUGCUCUUAUCGAUAUCCUAAACGUUGUCAAUCAGAUGAGUUCACAUCAGAAGUCAUCUCCGGAUAGCAAAGACAAGAUGACCCCUACUGGUCUGUGCGCUAUGCAGUAUUGCUUUUCCAUUUGUUGGAGAUUGUUGUUGAUGUUGCCACCAUCAACACCAUAUAUGGACAAGCUGGCUUUAGGCGAGGAAAUUCCAGCUGGUCCAAUGUUACUUCAUUCUUUGAUUUGGGGUCCCAGGGCUGCCUACAAAACAUUCACUGGAUGGAUGAAGGAUUGUUUGGUGAAACAAGGCAUGUACACUCAAUACGCAGAAAACCUACUGAAGACAGUAUCGUCAACAGUGAAUUCCCUGAAGUACGACGUAACUUUGGCCAAGAACUGCAUCAACUUCCUUAAACCGGAAAUAAACAUUGAAGAUAAAAUAAUGCCAAAAUCCGCAUUACCGAAGCUCAGCUCUCUAACUAUUUUAGCGGCUGUCAUUGGAAAACUUCAAGUUCUAAUGGACGAAAGCAUAUCGAAGAGUCCUACUGAUAAUAUUGAAGCAUCCAAGAGUCCACAAACACCAGAGUCCAUCUCUUCUGGCACAAAUAAGAUGAUUAUGGAUAUUUUGCCACAUAUCUUGACCUUGACGGAAUCAAUCCUAUUUUCAUGUCGAUCCAGUGUCUUAUAUCAGAUACAGGAAUCCUCUGAAUCUGUAGGAAAGUAUACGAUUCGCGACUACUUGGUACUGGAUGGUAUUAUUUCUAUGGCUGAUGCCAACUGGGCAAUGGAAUCAUCCCUGGUUACGCUGUUACCAAGUAGUAUUAGAUCCGUUCUUGAGAAGUGGAAAACUAUUAAUGUUUCACAUGUUCCUUGGAAUACCUAUGCGAACGAUAUAAUACCUGCCGAGAGCUACAUCCUCGCUACAGUAAAUCAUCAUGUCAGCUCUUUAUCAGAGUAUGGAACAUUCUCCAUCAAUCCAUCCUUGAAAAAUUUACUUUAUUCUCUGGUGGCUUUCAUCAUGGAAUAUGUUACGCAUGCUACUGCUCCAGAACAAUCGGAUAUCCGCACUCAAGCCAUAGAUAUCUUGGUAUCAUUAACCAUGGAUGCCAGAACUGAGUACCUUCAGGAGAUGGCUUUCAAAACAUUAGGUAAACUCUUAGGCGAUGCCGAAAGUGAAGCUAGACAACUACGCGAGCAUCUCUUCGUUCUUAAUCAUACCUACAAUCUGAUCAUGGAAUAUGCCAUCAACGAUGAAGAUACCAUUAAUGUAUCUAUCGACGAGAAGAUCUUAAAGCAGUGCAUAAAGUAUUGGGAACAACUUCUGGAGAAACCAGUGGGUUGUAAAGCCCUGGAUCAGUUCUUUGCUCCCAAUACCAAUCGCACUUUAGUUUCGGUACUGAUGUCAAUAACAUCUCCUCAAUCGUCUCAUCAGUUCAGUACCAAUGUACUACAUUUCUUUAAUAAGCUCUUUAAAGCUGCCGAAAAGAACACCGAUGAAUCCUUAGAUCGUCUGUGUAGUUCGGUAUCUAGCUUGGCCAACGUAGACAGUGAGAAAUUGCAGUCUUGGCUCAGACAUGUCAUUCUCGGUGCUACAAGUCUCUCCCCGACUGCGUCCUCGACCAAUAUUCAAACACCGACUAUAGUAACAGCUACAGCAUUAGUAGCAGUAACUGCAAAUGGUGAAGAAACACAAAAACCAGAUGAAACUGGAAGCAAUCCCCCAAACAAUGAGCAAAGUCAAUGGCGAGCCCUCUUCCUAGACGCUUCCGGUAAUAGUAAUCCAACCGCAAGCCCUAAUGAAGAUCAACACUCUAUGCACGAGAACAAUCAACUACUUCAAGCUUUGACAAAUUAUAUUGUCAAAGAAAACAGCAAUGUUAGCGAGGACGUCUCCGUAACGAUUCUUCAGGCCCUCAUCCCAAUAGGUUACCACAUACUCUCCCCUGUGGUAGAAGGUGUUGGAUUUCCUGAGUUGAUGCAAGUUAUGUCUACUUUGGCCGAUGCGGGGACAGACAAAGGUCACGUUCAACUCUUCAAAGCCGCUACUGAGUGGGUUGAAUUGUGUAAACAGCAGCUCAUGAACAAGGAUCCCCAGGGUAUGGACAGACCUUCACCCUACAUCGAGGCAGGAUGUUGUGUGCUAAACUACAUUGCGGACAUAGUGGGUGCUGUGUGUCCUCAACGUAAUGAAGUUCAAGACCGUGCUACUAGCCCACCUUGGGAAGGCGCUACACCCAUAAAUGAUGUCAACGACAGCGAUUGGGUUGACGAAAUCGCACAUUACGACGAGGACAGUGCUCCAGAGGACUCCGACGAGGACAACUUCUUUAGUACACUCUGCACCUUUACCAUUACGAAAAAGGAAUUCAUGAACCAGCAUUGGUACCACUGUCAUACCUGCAACAUGGUGGAUGGUGUUGGAGUGUGUACAGCGUGUGCUAGAGUAUGUCACCGGGGUCAUGAUGUAACCUAUGCGAAAUAUGGAAAUUUUUUCUGCGACUGUGGUGCCAAGGAAGAUGGUUCUUGUCAAGCGAUGAUUAAUCAUAGUCCACAAAGUUCUGAGCACCAGGUCAGCACAAGCGCUCCAUAUAAUAAUGCCAGCAAUAUCGCCGAUAAUAACAUGCUACUUACUAGUAGCCUACGAAGAAGACCUUCCAGCCCUGUUCACUUUAACGACAAACAUGAAAGGUUAGAUAGAGACAAGCAGAAACAGGCUGCUUUGGCUAAGCAACUUGAAGGUUCUAAGAAUUGGGUUAUGUCACGAUUAUGGAGCAGUGGACUAGUAUCCUCUCUUGUAGAAUUGACCAAAUCUCUUAUACCAGCAGUAGAUGCGUCGUGUCAAAGAAACUCACCAGUUGGGUGCCAUGCAAGGGCUCAGUUGGCUCUUCGACAGCUGCAUUCCUUAGAUAAGAAAUUUGAACACACUGAUCAACUUAUGUUACCUACCUUGGGCUCGCAAGAAGGUGCUUUUGAGAAUGUAAGAAUGAACUACUCUGGAGAUCAAGGUCAAACUAUAAGGCAACUUCUCUCAGCACAUAUGAUACGACGUGUGGCCAUGUGUUGCUUAUCCUCUCCUCAUGGUAAGAGACAACACCUUGCUGUAUCGCAUGAGAAGGGAAAAAUUACAGUACUGCAAUUAAGUGCGUUACUGAAGCAAGCCGAUUCAUCGAAACGAAAACUGACCUUAACGAGACUGGCGUCAGCGCCGAUACCGUUUACUGUACUUUCUGUUACCGGAAAUCAAUGGAACGAAGAUUUUCUAGCAGUUUGUGGUUUAAAAGACUGCCAUGUCCUCACAUUCAAUAGUUCGGGAACAGUCUCAGAUCAUCUUGUUUUACACCCUCAAUUGGAGACUGGAAAUUUUAUAAUCAAGGCUACCUGGCUUCCUGGCUCCCAAACUCAAUUAGCCUUAAUCACAGCAGACUUCGUCAAGAUAUACGAUUUGGGUAAAGACGCCUUAAGUCCUCAAUAUUACUUUUUGGUUCCUACUGGAAAGAUCAGGGACUGCACCUUCAUACACGACGAAGAUGGUUUGUUCCACCUACUUUUAAUGUCUUCAGCUGGGUAUAUUUAUAGUCAGGCCAUGGACGAGGAUAGUUCAGCUAAGCACGGUCCGUUUUACGUGACUAAUACCCUGGAAGUUUACCACCCUGAGAUCAAGGAGGUAAACGGUCAAGUAGGAGGUGGAGGAGUCUCAAUUUAUUACUCCCAUGCGCUUGAGUUACUCUUCUUUAGCUACGCGUGUGGUAAAAGUUUCAUAGCACCACCUACAUAUAUGGACUCUGACAUCACUGUAGUUUUCAUGAUUAACCUUGCAAACAAAACGAACGGAAAUAAGUCCAACAAUAAUCAACCUCAACCACUCUGUCAAUGGAGUGAGGUCGCGAAUCAUCCUGGAAUUGUUUGCUCGGUCCUUCAGACAAGUAAUAACCCAGUAAUCCUGAUGAUCAAACCUGAUACUGUAAUGAUUCAAGAAAUUAAGGUAGUACCAGCAAAAGCCAAAAUUAUGGAUAUGGUCGCUAUUCGACACCCCAGUUCGAAUGCUGAACAUCGAACCACUUUGAUUCUCCUCUGUGAAGAUGGAAGUUUGAGAAUUUACAUGGCUGCAAUGGAGCAAACCGGAUUUUGGAUGUCAUCUAGUGUACAGCCAAUCGGCACAAUGUCUACGAUGAAAUCAACUCGAAAAAAGAAGACCACAAAAACAGGAAAACCAUCAGGAUCAGUCUCCUUCCCAAUUGACUUCUUCGAAAGCUGUCAAGCCAUGAAUGAUAUCGAGUUCGGAGGCAAUGACUUGUUACAAAUCUAUAACGUUGCACAGAUAAAGCACAGGCUAAACACCACAGGAAUGUAUGUAGUCUCAACAAAGGCUUUAGGAUUCAGCGUGGAGAUCGUCAAUAAUGAUGCGACCAUGGUGAUGACAGGAAUCAGAGUGCUUCUUGGUAAUCAAGAUAUUCAGCGAGCUCCGUUAUAUAUAAAGGUAUUCGAAAGGAGCAUAAGGACAAAUCUGACACGUAGCCGAUGGUUCGAUAUACCUUUAACUAGAGAAGAAAGUUUACAGGCUGACAAAAAGUUGAUUAUAAACUUUGGAUCAUCACCAGAUCCCGAAGAUGUAAUCAUGGUCGAUUCGAUAAAAGUAUAUGGCAAAACUAAGGAUGCCUUUGGUUGGCCAGAAGAGGCUGAGGAGAUCUCUGCCGGGCAGUCGACUCCAGCACCAGUGGCUACUGGUACAGCUACUAAUAAUGAGGCAGAAAAUAUUAUACCAUCACCUGCUCCUCUGAGCUCUUUGGACAAGAUGAUCUCCAGCAUUCUUGAAGUCCUUGAGUCGUCCUUUACAUUGACCUUAAAUGAUGACAGCAAAUCUACAUUAAGGUCGACUGCUAUCGAAGUGGCAUCCAGCCUCUUGACGUUGCCAACACCACCGCCUGUUCAGAUGCAUACUACUGCACUUUUAGCAGCACUGCACAGUACCAAAGCAUCUUACCACUUGUACAAGGAUCAAGCUCUCCUGUCGCACGUACUUGAUUCCUUGAAGUCCAUGAGAGAUAUCAGCAAUCCUCGAGACAUCGACGCGGAGAACUUUUACCGCCUUGUCCUCAUUGUCAGAAGCAUUGCUAGUGCUCGUGCACAUAAUCUUGCAAAAUUCACCGAUCAACACACUAUUAAGCCUGUUGACGAAUCCAGCAUUCCAAUACUGGAGAAAGAUCGGUUGGACUGGCAUAUUCGUGCAACCGUGGAUACAAAUCAGCACCUUGUGGUGCAGUUGAUGGACGUUCUUUGGUCUCUACACUUAGCAUAUCCGAAGAACAUGGCUCUGGCACCUGUUGUAGUUCCAGGAUUAACCCAUACUGAGGCAAUCAUUCAUGCCAUCGUCGAAAUCAUUCAUGCUUUCACUACUUGUGACAUCGAGGGUAACACACCUCUAGCUGCCAAAUUGUACUUACAACUGUUACUCUGUUCGGAUACUACUGUGAGCUUCAGCGCUAAGCAAGCUAUCAUCAGGGUAUUAAGACCCCGCUAUAAAAGAAGAAGAGUAUAUAUACCUAGCCCGCCACACUGCAGCACACCAGGGGUUGCUACAGAACCUGAAGAAAAAUCAGGAGCAGUGACUUCGCAGCCGUCACAGGAAUCAGGGGAAGUCGAACAGCAAUUUGAUGUAGAAAAUGUAGAGCCAAUGAGUCUGCUUGGCGCUGAUAGUAACCAAGCUGCUACAGGUGCACGAGCACGCAAUUCUUUACAAGCACUUCUUGGUCCUGGAGGGUUUCCACAACUCCUGGACAUACCACCAGAUGCAGACGAUGAAACAAUGGUGGAAUUAGCCAUCGCCCUGAGCUUGCAGGAUCACGAAGGUGGUGCACUACAACAAGGACUUGCUAACUUACGAGGACUGCAAGGCCUGGAAAAUCUUAGUGGUCCUGCUCUGCAGAAUUUACAGGCUUUGGCGGCACAAGGUCUGGCUCAGGCCCAAGCAGCUGUGCAGAAUCAGGAAGGCGGACAUUACUCGGACACUACAGCUUCUGCAGGUGGAUCAGAUGAUGAAGGAUCCACCGCUGCUACUGAUGGUAGUACACUGAGAACUUCACCAGCCGAUCAAGGUGGUAGCGGUGGUAGCAAAGGCAGCGAGAGCGGCGGAAGCGAAAGUGGAGGCAGCGCUGUCGACAGCAUAACCGGAGAACACAACGUUUCCGGUAGAAGUUCCGCGUACGGUGAUAAUACCACUGAUAACAUUCCACCAAUUGGCAUUGGCAUUGGUCAGCCGUCACGAUCCGAAACUAGUUCACUCGAUGUUCCCACAACUUUCACUACUACUGAACAGGAAGAAUGCGCAGAACAAGAACAUGCUACCGAACAGGAAAGUGAUGCUGCCGUCGAAAGUACCAGCAAUCUUCAUUCCGUGCGCCUACUUCUUCUUGAUAAACUAGUUCAGUUUAUACCUAACCUAACAAAUGUAUCUGGCGUACUAGCGAUUCCAUUUAUGCAAGUUGUUCUGAUGCUGACCUCUGACUUGGAUGGUCAAGAAGAAAGGGAUAAAGCCUGCGUGAAAGGCCUGCUUCAGGUGCUUGUAAAAGAACUUGAAAUGGAGAAAUCAGACACAAAUGACAUUUGUGAGCGUAGUAAUAAACGAGAAGUACAUCUAGUCAUUAUGCGGUUACUUAGUGUCUUGAUGUCUCGUUCAAAAUGCAACACAAAAACGCAAACGGAAAAUCCAAACUUCGUCUCGCAGACUACCGCUGCAAUCCUCAGCAAGGCUGGUAUCACAGACUAUUGUUUAACGUUGUUAAAAUCCUUGCUGGAAUAUUGGAAAUCAACGUCUACCGAAGAUUCCAGUACUGUGAUAGGUGGUCAAUUACUCAAAAAGCAUUUAACAACUGCUCCACCGGAUAUGUCGCCAUUUUUCGUGAAACAAUAUGUCAAAGGACAUGCUAGUGAUGUAUUUGAACCGUAUCCACAAUUAUUAACUGAAAUGGCUCUACGAUUACCAUAUCAAGUUCACAAAUACGCAGAGAGUAGCUCUGCACAGCCAGCCUUUGAGCAGCAGGCUUGGUACUUCAUUCUCUGCGAAUAUAUGAUGUCCUACCAAACACCCUUCGUGAGGAGACAAGUGCGCAAGUUGUUAUUAUUCAUUUGCGGGAACAAGGAUAAGUAUCGGCAAUUGAGGGAUCUGCACGCAUUAGUGUCACAUGUGAAGUCCGUACAACAAUGUUGCAACACAGGAGGUUACGAUCCUCUUCAGGGACGUCCACAUUCUAUCAAUCUUCCCUAUGAUUCCCUUGUAGAACUGAUAGAGCACCUAAAGAGUUGUGUGGAAGUAGCUACGAGUCGCACCGGAAAUUGGCAGCGUUUCUGCUUGAAACACAAUACAGUGCUUUCGUAUCUCUUCAGUAUUUCAACUCUUCUCGAUGAAGGUGUCAGUCCCACCGUUCUUCAACUAUUGCAAUGUGCUAUAUGCUCUACUAACAAACCCAAAGACACAAAAGUCAAGGAAUCGAAAACGGCAGCAAAUACAAAAGAACGUCGUGACAGAGAAAAAUCUGAAGAUUCUGAUACUGAAGCCAAAUUUGAAGAAGCUCAAUGCGUCAAUUUAGUGGAUCAAAUUUUGAAGCAAGUGCCACUUGCAUUGUUAACGAAAUUUAUACAGACCUUUUUGUUGGAGACAAAUAAUACUAACGUACGUUGGCAAGCGCAUUCAUUGAUUCUGGCUAUUUACAAAAACUGCGGACCGGUUGACCAAGAAGUUCUUCUCGAUCUUCUAUGGCGUCUUUGGCCUUUACUUCCGGUUUAUGGACGCAAGGCUGCGCAAUUCGUUGAUUUACUUGGGUAUUUCUCUCUGAAAACUCCCCACACUGGAAAGAAAAUGCAUUCGUACAUGGAGCAAGCUGUCGCAGUGCUACACGCACAAAAUCAGCUACUUUCCAGACAUCCGAAUGCAAAUCUCUAUGCAAACUUGGCUCAGUUUGUUGAACUCGACGGUUAUUAUUUGGAGAGUGAACCUUGUCUGGUUUGUAAUAACCCUGAAGUUCCCAUGGCGACAAUCAAACUCUCGUCGAUAAAAGUGGAUUCAAAGUUUACAACAACAACUCAAAUUGUGAAGUUAGUUGGUAGCCACACAAUUAGCAGAAUAACCCUGCGCGUGGGCGAUCUCAAGAGAACUAAAAUGGUGCGCACUAUAAAUGUUUUCUACAAUAACAGAUCAGUUCAAGCUGUAGUCGAGCUCAAAAACAAGCCCGCUAUGUGGCACAAGGCGAAGAAGGUUACCCUAGCCCAGGGUCAAACAGAAGUGAAAAUGGAAUUCCCACUACCAAUUGUAGCCUGUAAUCUCAUGAUUGAAUACGCUGACUUCUACGAGAACAUACAAGCUUCCUCAGAAACACUGCAGUGCCCAAGGUGCUCCGCAAGUGUUCCGGCCAAUCCUGGAGUGUGUUCUAACUGCGGCGAGAACGUCUUCCAAUGUCAUAAGUGUCGUGCCAUCAAUUACGAUGAGAAGGAUCCGUUCUUGUGCCAUGCAUGCGGCUUCUGCAAAUAUGCCAAGUUUGAUUACACCUUAACUGGACGACCUUGCUGUGCGGUCGAUCCUAUAGAGAGCGAUGAUGAUCGGAAAAAGACUGUAGCAACGAUUAACACCCUCCUAGAAAAGGCUGACAGAGUUUACAAAACUUUAAUUUCAAAUAAGCCCAUGUUAGAAAUGCUACUUGUGAAGAUUUCGGAGCAUCGUCUUGAUCGUGGUCUUGAAGAUGGUGUUCAGGUGUCGGGAAGCACCCAGGUUAACAGAGCUAUCCAAUUGCUUGCCCAAAGAUAUUGCGGAGAGUGUAAAACUUCCUUUGAAGAGCUAAGCAAGAUUAUUCAACGCGUUCUCGCUUGCCGACGAGAACUCGUCGCUUAUGACAGAAACCAGCGAGGGCAGAGUACUACACCGCAAUCAUUCUCUGAUGCUUCAACCAGUGAAUCUCAUGUCAUAGAGGAGACAAUAGCACCACCCCCUGGACGAUGCUAUGGUUGCGCAUCAGCGGCUACUGAGCACUGUCUUACAUUACUUCGAGCAUUGGCUACUAACAACGCAGCUAGGGAAGUUUUAUGCAAACAGGGUCUGAUACAGGAACUUGCUGAACAUAAUCUCCGAAAAGGUACCGUCCAAGUUCAGGAGGAAGUACGACAGCUUCUGUGCCUUGUUACUAGGGACAAUAUGCAGUCGACGAAAGAACUGUGUUCUCUACUCACUGGUAGAGUUACCAUGACUUUAAAAGGUCGAGUAGCUGCAUCUGACUUAGCCCUGGCCGUUAGGCAUGAGAUGGCCUUGCUUGCUGCACUUGUCCAAAAAGAAGAUGCCUGCUGGGAACAAAAAUUACGAUGUGUCAUGCAGCUUUUCUUAAUGGCAUGCAAAGAUUCGAAGAGUCCCGUUGUUAUGGAGAGUAUCAUACUUCCAUGUUUAAAGAUACUACAAGGGCUCAUUAAACCUGAUCAACCCAUAUCUAAGAAAAACAAGGAUAAAACUAUCGAAUCACUGGCGACCGUACAACCACCAGAAGGUGUGAGUAUUGAUGUAGGAAAAUGGCUCAGCGGAGAUCCGAAGCAUUCGUACUCAGAAUGGCUUCAACGAAUGCCAGCUAAAAAACCGGAGCAACAGCCGUGUAAACGUUUAAAAAAGGACGAAGCUCGCAUAUUAUAUUUGAUGGAGAAAUAUGGGCACAGAUGGCACUACAGGUGCCUGAGACUCCGAGGAAUACAACCUUUGAAACUAGCUGAUGGAGCUUGGUUAAAGGAAGUCCUUUUUAACCCCAGCUCCAGAUUGGCACGUCAGGUAGCUUGCAAUAUGGUAGAAAGCCUGUGUCAAGGUACAGAACGCAAGAAGGAGGUUCUUGUAUUAUUAACGUGCUACCUGGAGGAAAUGCGCACAGCCGGAGAAAGCAGUGCUGAGUUCCUAUCUCUGUAUCAAAGUUUAAUCCGACAAUCACCCUGGAAGCAAUUCCUAGCCGUGCGUGGAGUAAUGACCUUGCUGGCAGACCUGCUCACGCGCGAAAUCGAGGAACUGCAUCGCCUUGAAGAAACCACACUUACCAGUGAUUUGGCUCAAGGAUACUCGUUGAAGAUGCUCACUGAACUCCUUGCCACAUUCCUGGAGCAGGAUAACAUAAAACAGCAAUAUAAAGGAAGACUUGUAGGUGCUGUUCUAAAUGGGUAUCUUUCACUACGAAGACUCGUUGUACAGCGCACCAGACUAAUUGAUGAUACCCAGGAAAAACUUUUAGAACUCCUCGAAGAAAUGACCACUGGUACUGAGGAAGAAACAAAAGCAUUCAUGUCUGUGUGUGUGGAUACCGUUAAGAAAUAUAGCACUCAGGAUGUCCGCACUCCUGUAUUCAUAUUUGAGAGAUUAUGCUCCAUAAUUUAUCCUGAAGAAAAUGACGUAGGUGAGUUCUUUCUAACUCUGGAGAAGGAUCCACAACAGGAAGACUUCCUUCAGGGUCGCAUGUUGGGCAAUCCCUACAGUAGCCUAGAGCCAGGUUUGGGUCCCUUGAUGAGGGACGUCAAAAACAAGAUCUGCCAGGACUGCGAAUUAGUAGCAUUAUUAGAGGAUGAUAAUGGUAUGGAACUCCUAGUAAACAACAAGAUCAUUAGUCUUGACCUUCCAGUAAAGGAGGUUUAUAAGAAAAUUUGGGUACUAGAGGGUGUCGAAUGUGAUGCUAUGCGUGUAAUCUACCGCAUGAGAGGGCUUCUCGGUGAUGCUACAGAGGAGUUCGUGGAAACUUUAAAUGCUAGUAGUGAACAGGAAGUAAAUAAUGAAGAAGUAUACAAGAUGGCUAACGUCCUAGCGGACUGCGGUGGCCUUCAAGUAAUGCUUGAUAGAUUGGCAGCAAUUCAAGACGUCAGUAGAGCGAAACCACUGCUUCAAGUGCUUUUAAAACUGUUUCGACUUUCGGUCAAAGUCAAGAGAAACCAAGAAGUUCUUACCAGACCAGAACUUGGAGCUAUUACUGUCCUGCUGGACGUUCUUCAACGUUGUCUUGCCACAGAAUCUGACAGCGCUCAGGCGAAGGUUACCGAACAAUUACUUGAUAUUAUGGAAACGAUCUUAGCCAAUGCUACGUCCCAGCCAUUGGCAACCUUCGUAGAGUUCUCAAGGACUCUCGGAGGAGCAGAACAUCUGAAAUCCUUACUCUCUUGUACGCAAUCAUCUGCUGUGAGACAGAGUAACGCAGUGUUAGUGCACUUAGCAAGAGUUUUGGCUGCCCUGACUUAUGGUAAUCAGGAGAAAAUGGCACUGUUAUGUGACUACUUCAAACCUGUAUUAAAUUUCUACAAGUUUGACUUUGAACACACAACCGAGGAUGAGCAGAGGCUGGAACUCUUCUGUAUCCUUACUCAAGGAAUUGAAAAGAACGCAAUAGGCAAUACACUAAAGGAUCACAUUAUCAACAUGGGGAUAGUCAAAGAUGCAUUUGAAUAUAUAAUAGUACAUGCCCCAUGUGUGAAACCAACAUUAUUACGCACAGACAGCGACGAACUAAAAGAAUUCAUUUCCAAACCAGCCCUGAAAUAUAUUUUGCGUUUCCUAACAGGUUUAGCCACUGAUCACGAACCAACGCAGCUGGCAGUCUCUCAGGUGACAAUAAAUAUAAUCCAUAGACUGGAGCAAGUGUCAUCAGACGAACACGUCGGUUCUCUGGCUGAGAACCUACUAGAAGCACUCUGUACGAAUAAAAAAGUAGCCGAAUUAAUCGAAGAGGCUCGUGAGCAUACUCGAAGCGAAAAGAAGCGGCUGGCAAUGGCAAUGCGCGAAAGGCAGUUGGGCGCACUUGGCAUGAGAACCAAUGACAAAGGUCAAGUCACUGCAAGCGGCACGAUCUUGCAGCAAAUGGAAGACCUUGGCGAUGAGACGGGUCUUGUCUGUGUUAUUUGUCGCGAGGGAUAUAAAUUUCAGCCUAAUCAGGUCCUUGGUAUAUACACGUUCACAAAACGCUGUCAUGUCGAAGAAUUCGAAACAAAACAAAGGAAUACAGUUGGAUACACCACAGUGACACAUUUCAAUGUAGUCCACGUGGAUUGUCACAUGUCCGCAGUUCGUUUGGCACGUGUAAGGGAUGAAUGGGAAAGUGCCGCGUUGCAGAAUGCAAAUACAAAGUGCAACGGACUGUUACCACUGUGGGGACCCCAUGUUCCUGAAUCAGCCUUCGCAAGUUGUCUAGCACGACAUAAUACAUAUCUCCAAGAAUGCACCGGCCAUAGAGAUAUAUCCUAUACCUCAACAAUCCAUGAUCUGAAAUUACUGCUACUACGCUUUGCUCAGGAGAAAAGCUUCCACGAUGACACUGGUGGUGGAGGACCUCAAUCGAACAUGCACAUGGUCCCGUACUUGAUACACAUGGCGCUCUACGUCAUUAAUACUACCAGAUCAGCUGCUAGAGAGAACAAAGCUUUAGUAACAUAUCUGGAGUCCACACCCAGUUCGGCAUGGCUUGAAAGCUGCUACGAAGCUGAGGGGCCAUUGUAUCAGUGUACCUUAUCGGUGCUCUUGCUGGCACCAGCUCGGUGGGAACAAUACUCCUUGGUUCAUCUACGGAGACUCAUCGUGCUUGCACAUCAGAGAUUCGUGUCUCCUUCAGCAUCUACCAAAACUCUCACUGAUGUAACUGUCAAGGAUUAUUCUGUGUAUAAGAGUGCUCUAGUGUUCUUCGGUCUUGUUGACUGCAUCUACUCAAAUUUCUUCAACAAAGUCAAAGUACUCUCAGAUGACCAAUGGCCAUCAGUUCUGGCUGAAUACAUUAGACACGACGAUGAAGCCAUGUUAAAGGCAUCGGAAAGAGUUCUGGCAACGUAUAGAGAUGAAUUACUACCCUGCGAAUCGUUCGAAGAAUUUUGUGAUGUUGUCGGUGUACUUGGAGACAUUUCGAAUCCAUCAACGUACAUAGCAGAUCUUCUUCAAGAUCUAGCAUAAUUAAAUAGUAGCUCAUAUGCCCCUCCCCCCCUUCCCCGGUUUUGAUCGCUUUUGGCCGUCUAAUAUUUCAGAAACCGAAAACUAUUUUAAUGUGUAAUGUUUUUUUUUGAAUGAAUCUUCUGUUGUUUUCUCAUCAAAAAAUGGACACUAGCUGCAGAUCUCAUGAAGCUCAGUUUUCGGUAAAACAAAAAAGCAUACUAUCGUCUAUAAACCCUUGGAAACACGUCAUUAUGUAUUUUAUAACUUACCGUGGUGAAUUUACGUAUAUUGUAACUCUAACGCAUUCUCACUUUGCGUAGAUACUAUCCUACUGAUAAAAAAGUUUGUGCUUUAACAAAAUUCGAUAUAAUAAAAUAUUUGCAAAAUGUUAAA